CUCAAAAUCCCCAAAUCUCCCUCAAAUGCCUUCAAAAUCUCUGAAUUUCAUCCAAAAAUUCUCCCAAAAUCCUUUAAUUUUCCCCCUAAAAUCCCCCAAAACUCCCAAAAAAUCCCCAAUUUUUCCUUAAAACCCCAACUUUUUUUAAAAAAUCGCAUUUUUCUCCAAAUUUUCCCAAUUUUUUUUCCAGGAAACGUGGCCUGGAUGCACCUGGAGGCCGCCCGCGCCGCUUUGCUCCGCCCCUCCUCCGUCGCCGGCCACGCCUUCUUCUGCUACGACUCCUCCCCCCGCGUCCCCUACGAGGAUUUCAACCUCCUCCUUUUGGGGCUGCGCUCGGGGGGUCCCCGAAUCCCCCCGGCCCUUUUGGGGUUCCUGGCCCGGCUCAACGGGGCCCUCCGGGGGCUCCUGGGCCCCAAAUUCGCCCCCCUGCUCAACCCCUACACCUGGGCGGUGGCGGCCACGCCCUUCACCGUCAGCAGCCGCAAGGCCGAGCGGCGAUUCGGUUAUCGGCCGAUUUAUGGGUGGGAGGAGGCGCGGGAGAGGACCCAAAGGUGGGCCCGGAGCCUGGACGGGGCCUGAAAAUGGAUUUGGGAGCAAAAUUUGGGGGAUUUGGAGCAAAAUUUGGGGUUUGGGGUUGAAAUUUUGGAGAUUUGGAGCAAAAUUUGGGUCUAAUCCUGAUCCUGAAAGGAAUCCAAGCCGGGAUUUGUGUCUGAUCCUGAUCUCAGGUGGAUUUGGGGUCGAGAUUUGCCUUUAAUUCCAGUCCAUGAUGAAAUCCAGGCCGGGAUUUGGGUGUGAUCCUGAUCCUGAGGAGAAUCCAGGCCGGGAUUUCGGUGUGAUCCCAAUCCUGAAAUGAAGCAAGGCCGGGAUUUGGGUGUGAUCCCAAUCCUGAAAUGAAGUCCAGGCCGGGAUUUAGGUGUGAUCCUGAUCCUGAAGUGGAUCCAGGCCGGGAUUUGGGUGUGACCCCAAUCCUGAAGUGGAUCCAGGCCAGGAUUUGUCUUUGAUUUCAGUACAUGAUGAAAUCCAGGCCAGGAUUUAGGUGUGAUCCCGAUCCUGAAUAAAAUCUGGACCAGGAUUUGUGUGUGAUCCCGAUCCUGAAAUGAAAUCCAGGCCAGGAUUUGUGUCUGAUCCCGAUCCUGAACAGAAUCCAUGCCGGGAUUUGGGUGUGAUUCUGAUGUCGGGUGGAUUUGGAGCAAAAUUUGGGGUUUGGGGUUGAAAUUUUGGAGAUUUGGAGCGAAAUUUGGGUCUAAUCCCGAU